AUGUCGGCUGCGGACGCCUUGACGGCGACCAAGAAGUUUGAGCUGAUCUCGCGAGGCAUCGAAGAGAUUCUCGGUGCGGAUGCUAUCCACAAGAUCCUUGAGGAAAACGAGCGGCCGGUGCGCUGCUACUGGGGCACGGCGCCGACCGGCCGCCCCCACGUCGGCUACCUCGUGCCCCUGACGAAGCUCGCCGACUUUUUGCGCGCGGGUGUUAAUGUCAAGGUGCUCUUUGCGGAUAUCCAUGCGUUCCUGGACAACAUGAAGGCUCCGAUCGAGCUCGUGAAGCAGCGCGCCGAGUACUACCAGCGCAUUCUCAUUGCCGUGAUGCAGGCGAUCGGCGUGCCGACCAACCAGAUGACCUUUGUCCUCGGCUCGUCGUACCAGCUCACGGAAAAGUACAACUUUGACACCUACCGCCUCGCGGCGAUGGUCACGGAGCACGACGCGAAAAAGGCCGGCGCCGAGGUCGUGAAGCAGGUCGCUUCGCCGCUCAUCAGUGGUCUGCUGUACCCUGGUCUGCAGGCGCUCGACGAGCAGUACCUCGACGUCGACUUCCAGUUCGGCGGUAUCGACCAGCGCAAGAUCUUUACGUUUGCCGAGCAAUACCUGCCGAAGCUCGGCUACGCCAAGCGCUCGCACCUCAUGAACGCCAUGGUGCCGGGCAUGAACGGCACCAAGAUGUCCUCGUCGGACGUCGACUCCAAGAUCGACUUCCUCGACUCGCCCGCGGACAUCAAGCGCAAGAUCAAGGGCGCCUACUGCAUGCCGGGCGAGAUUGAGAACAACGGUGUGAUUGCGUUUGUCGGCUCGGUGCUCAUGCCGAUCGCGCGCGUGCGCGCCGACUCGGUCGCGAUGGGCGUCACGCCGGACCCGCACUGGGUCCGCCCGCUGGUCCCGAGCGAUGCGCCGGCCGGCACGCUCUUUACCAUCCCCCGUCCGGAGAAGUACGGCGGCGCGCUGCACUACAGCACCUACGACCAGCUCGUGUCCGACUAUAAAGAGCAAAAGGUGCACCCCCAGGACCUCAAGUCGGCCGUCACCGAGGCGCUGAUCACCCUCCUGGAGCCGGUCUAUCACAUGUUUGAGACCGACGAGUCCUUCCGCAAGAUCAAGGCGCAGGCCUACCCCGAAGACGAGCCGAAGGAGGUCAAGAAGAAGGUCAAGAAGGUGAACCCCCGCAUGGCGCCGUUCAUCCUCAAAUCCGAGGGCGGUCUCGCGGAGACCGAGGAGGAGGCCGCGGCGAACGCGGCUGCGGCCGGCGUGCCGUACAAGCCCUCGCGGAAAGGCAAGAAGCAGGACGCUGCGCCGGCCAACACCGACGCGCCGGCCGACGCGCCGACCGAGGCGCUCGCCGCGGUCGAUCUGCAGAAAUAA